GGGCAUUAUCUGGAUUUUAUAAGGUUUUAGAAUACUCGGCCAAAGUAGAUAUUGAUAAUUUGGACCUUAAUCGUAUUUAUACAUUUGAUGAGUUUGAGUUUAUCAAUGAGCAACUAAAGACACGUACCUUGGUGAUCAAUGGUGAUCCAGUAAAUCUGUUUGAGUUCGAUAAAGGAAAACUUUUACCA